AUGGCAAAAUAUCUUGUUGAAAAGGGAGCUGAUGUAAAAGGUAAAAAUACUGACGGAAGGACAGUACUACACACUGCUGUUGCUAAAGGUAAGCCGGAAAUAGUGAAAUAUCUUGUUGAAAAAGGCGCUGCUGUGAAUGCCAUUAACAGCAAAAAUGCUAACGGGUUAACAGUGCUGCACAGUGCUGUUGCUAACGGUAAGCCAGAAAUAGUAAAAUACCUUGUUGAAAACGGCGCUGAUGUAAAUAGCACGGACAUUCACGGGCGGACAGUUCUACACAGUGCUGUUACUGAAAUUACUGAAGGUAAGCUAGAAAUCAUAAAAUAUCUUGUUGAAAAUGGCUCCGAUGUAAAUGGCGAGUAUACUGAUGGAUGGACAGUAUUGCACUAUGCUGUUAGCAAAGGUACACUAGAAAUGGUAAAAUAUCUUGUUGAAAAGGGGGCUGAUGUAAAAGGUAAAAAUACUGACGGGUCGACAAUACUGCACACUGCUGUCACUAAAGGUACGCUGGAUAUAGUGAAAUAUCUUGUUGAAAAAGGCGCUGCUGUGAAUGCCAUUAACAGCAAAAAUACUAACGGGUCAACAGUGCUGCACAGUGCUGUUGCUAAAGGUAAGCCAGAAAUAGUGAAAUACCUUGUUGAAAACGGCGCUGAUGUUAAUAGCACAGAUAUUGACGGGCGGACAGUUCUACACAGUGCUGUUACUGAAAGUAAGCUAGAUAUGGUAAAAUACCUUGUUGAACAUGGGGCUGACGUCAAUGGCAAGGAUACUGAUGAAUCGAGAGUGCUUCACAGUGCUGUUACUGAAGGUACGCUAGAAAUGGUAAUUUUCCUUGUUGAAAAUGGCGCUGAUGUAAAUGGCAAGGAUAGUAGCGGAUGGACAGUGCUGCACAGUGCUGUUGCUAAAGGAGCACACGAAACGGUAAAAUAUCUCAUUAGAAAGGGGGCUGAUGUAAAUGGCAAGUAUAUUGACGGAUGGUCAGUCUUGCACUAUGCUGUUUCUAAAGGUACGCUAGAAAUGGUGAAACAUCUUGUUGAAAAGGGCGCUGAUGUAAAUGGCGAAAAUAUUUACGGUAGGACAGUGUUGCACUACGCUGUUACUAAAAGUACGAUGGAUGUAGUAAAAUACCUGGUUGAAAAUGGCGCUGAUGUAAUUGGUAAGACGACGAACGGACGGACAGUGCUGCACAGCGCCGUUACGAAAGCUACGUUAAAUGUGGUAAAAUAUCUAGUCAGAAAUGGCGCUAAUGUAAAUGGUAAGAAUUCUGACAGCUGGACAGUCCUGCACAGUGCUGUUAAUAAAGGUACGUUAGAUAUGGUAAAAUACCUCGUUGAAAAUGGCGCUGAUGUAAAUGGAAAUAGUACAGACGGGUGGACAGUCCUGCACACUGCUGUUACUAAAGGUAGCCUGGAUAUCACAAAGCACCUCGUGGAAAAUGGCGCUGAUGUAAAUGCUAAAUAUACUGACGGUUGGACCGUCCUACACGCCGCUGUCGAUACAGGUGAAUUAGAAAUUGUCAAGUAUUUAAUUGAACAGGGUGCUGACAUAACUCCUAAAAGUAAUAUCAGCGCUCUUGGCACUGACAUCAUGAGGAUGGCUGUUGUGAACAAUUCAGUUGCUUUGGUGAAACUCCUCUUGCAAAAGAACAUAGUUGUUUCGAGAGCUGGAACAUUUCUUGUCGAGGGAAGGCAAAUGAGUCUUCUUGAAUGGAGUAUUUACAUUGGUCAUGAUGAAAUAAAAACUAUUCUAAAGAGGUCCAUAAAACAUCGCGAGAAAAUUGAGAUGUUGAAAACAAUGAACCACAACCAGUUAGAAAAGACUGAAAUACCGAUUCAGGCUUUUGUCGCAACGAAUCAAUUCAAAAUUGGCGACGGUUGUUGUGGCUCACGUGUCUAUGUUGGUGUCAUGAAGGAUGAAAGUGAAGUUGCUGUUAAGAGAGUUUUGGUGCCAAGUGAGGACAAAACAGUUGAAAACGAAAAGGAAAUCAUGAGUCUCAUUGAAACGAAAAACUGUCCAUUUAUAGUGAUAUCGUUAUUUUCACUCUGGCAAUGA